AUGUUAAGAGCUAUUUCUAGGCCAUUGUACCGCCACGGUUCUAAAUCAUUAAUAAAAUCAGCUCUGCUCAAACAGUAUGCUUCAAAAGUUACCGCUACAAGAUGCUUAACAACUGGUUCGGAUACAUUCCUAUCUACAUCAAAUUCAUCUUAUAUUGAUGAAAUGUAUCAAGCAUGGCAGAAAGAUCCAUCUUCAGUUCAUGUUUCAUGGGAUGCAUAUUUCAAAAAUAUGAGUAAUCCUAAAGUAGCUGCCUCUAAUGCAUUCCAAGCUCCUCCCAUUCUUGUUGCAUCGCUACCUGGUGCUCCAUCUGCUCAUCUCUCAAAUAGUAUGGAUGAAAAUGUUUCCUUACAUUUGAAAGUUCAACUUCUAUGCAGAGCCUACCAAGUUAGAGGCCAUUUGAAGGCUCACAUUGAUCCUUUAGGUCUUUCAUUCGGGGAUAGUAAAGAUAAACCUGUGCCUCCUGAAUUAACUUUAGAUUACUACGGUUUCACAGAAAAGGAUUUGGAUAGAGAAAUUAUCCUAGGUCCUGGUAUCCUACCAAGAUUUGCCAAGAAUGGCAAGACUACAAUGAAAUUGAGAGAUAUUAUUGCCGAUAUGGAAAGCUUGUAUUGUUCUUCUUAUGGGAUCCAAUAUACCCAUAUUCCAUCAAAGGUGAAGUGUGAAUGGUUAAGGGAAAGAAUUGAGAUUCCAAAACCUUACGAAUAUACCAUAGAUCAAAAGAGACAAAUUUUGGACAGAUUGACCUGGGCAACUUCUUUUGAAACAUUCUUAUCUACCAAGUUCCCUAACGAAAAGAGAUUUGGGCUGGAAGGUUUGGAAGCUGUUGUUCCUGGUAUUAAGACAUUAAUCGAUCGUUCUGUGGAACUCGGGGUAGAAGAUGUUGUAUUAGGUAUGGCUCAUCGUGGUAGACUAAACGUUUUAUCUAAUGUUGUUCGUAAGCCAAAUGAAUCCAUCUUUUCAGAAUUUCAAGGAACUACUACGACCAACAAUAUUGAAGGUUCUGGUGAUGUUAAGUAUCAUUUAGGUAUGAACUAUCAAAGACCAACUACAUCAGGUAAAUAUGUUAAUUUGUCAUUGGUAGCUAAUCCAUCUCAUUUAGAGGCUCAAGAUCCUGUUGUUCUUGGUAGAACUAGAGCUCUAUUACAUGCUAAAGGUGAUCUAAAAAAUCAAACUAAAGCAUUGGGUGUAUUGUUACAUGGUGAUGCAGCAUUUGCUGGACAAGGUGUUGUUUAUGAAACCAUGGGUUUCCAAACUUUACCAGAAUAUUCUACAGGUGGUACCAUUCAUGUUAUAACAAAUAAUCAAAUUGGGUUCACCACUGAUCCAAGAUUUGCAAGAUCCACACCAUAUCCAUCGGAUAUUGCCAAGGCUAUUGAUGCUCCAAUCUUCCACUGUAAUGCAAACGAUAUUGAAGCAGUUACAUUUAUCUUCAAUUUAGCAGCUGAAUGGAGGAAUGAAUUCCAUACUGAUGCAAUCAUUGAUGUUGUUGGUUGGAGAAAGCAUGGACAUAAUGAAACUGAUCAACCUUCCUUUACUCAACCAUUAAUGUAUCAAAAAAUUGCUAAGCAGAAAUCUGUUAUCGAUGAAUAUACUGAUAAAUUAAUCAAAGAGGGAUCUUUUACCAAGAGCGAUAUUGACGAACACAAGAAAUGGGUUUGGGGUUUAUUUGAAAAGGCAUUUGAAAAAUCCAAGGAUUACGUUCCAACUCAAAGAGAAUGGUUGACUGCUGCUUGGGAAGAUUUCAAAUCUCCAAAGGAAUUAGCUACUGAAAUUUUACCACAUAAUCCAACUAACGUUUCCGUUGAUAUUAUCCAAGACAUUGGUAAAGCAUUGUCUUCAUGGCCAGAAAAUUUCGAAGUACACAAGAAUUUAAAGAGAAUCCUAACAAAUAGAGGUAAAUCAAUUUCUACAGGUGAAGGUAUUGAUUGGUCUACUGGGGAAGCCUUAGCCUUUGGUACUUUAGUUCUUGAAGGUUAUAAUGUUAGAGUAUCUGGGGAAGAUGUUGAAAGAGGUACUUUCUCUCAACGUCAUGCUGUAUUACAUGAUCAAAAAUCAGAAGAUACAUAUGUUCCAUUGAAGCAUUUAAGUGCCAAGCAAGCUGAUUUCUCUAUUUGUAACUCUUCAUUAUCUGAAUAUGGUGUAAUGGGUUUCGAAUAUGGUUAUUCUUUGACGUCACCAGAUUACUUAGUCAUGUGGGAAGCUCAAUUUGGUGAUUUUGCUAAUACAGCUCAAGUUAUUACAGAUCAAUUUAUUGCUGGUGGUGAACAAAAAUGGAAACAAAGAUCAGGUUUGGUUCUUUCUUUACCUCAUGGUUAUGAUGGUCAAGGUCCUGAACAUUCUUCUGGUAGGUUAGAAAGAUUCUUACAAAUGGCUAACGAAGACCCAAGGUAUUUCCCAUCUGAGGAGAAAUUACAAAGACAACAUCAAGAUUGUAAUUAUCAAGUUGUUUACCCAACAACACCAGCUAAUUUAUUCCAUAUCAUAAGAAGACAACAACAUCGUCAAUUUAGAAAACCAUUAAUCCUUUUCUUCUCCAAACAACUGUUACGUCAUCCAUUGGCAAGAUCUCAAUUAGAAGAGUUUACUGAAGGUGGAUUCCAGUGGAUCAUUGAAGAUGUUGAACAUGGUAGGGCAAUUGGUACCAAGGAAGAAACCAAGAGAUUGGUACUAUUAAGUGGUCAAGUUUACACAGCAUUACAUAAGAAGAGAGAAACCAUCGGUGAUAAGAGUACAGCUUUAAUGAAGAUUGAAGAAUUGCAUCCAUUCCCAUUUGCCCAAUUGAGGGACGCUAUUGAUUCAUAUCCAAACCUAGAGGAAUUUGUAUGGUGUCAAGAAGAACCUCUAAAUAUGGGUGGUUGGGCAUACGCCGCACCAAGAUUACAAACUACUUUGCAAGAGACUCAGAACUAUAAGAAUCAUACUGUUAGGUAUUGUGGUAGAAACCCAAGCGGUGCUGUUGCUGCUGGUUCUAAGAGCUUACAUAUUGCCGAAGAAGAAGCUUUCCUAAAGGACGUUUUCGGGCAGUAA